AUGGAGAUGGAGGCAGUCAGGCCCUCGACUCCCGCGUCUGAGACUGCGUCCAUCGCACCCGCAUACCACGAGCUCGAUGCCAUCCCCGUACUCCCGCCGCCUCCAGCACCGUUCCCACUUGAUUACCUGCGACAUGAACGUCAAGAUGAAGAACAAGGCGUCAAUGAAGAGGAUGCCGAGUUGGAGGCAGAGGCCGAUCACUCAGACCAGGCAACAAUAUGUCUCCAUGAUGCCGAGGACAUGGGCGACUUCAACCUAGUCGGAAUCCAACGAGCCUGCGCAGAGACUCUUGCCAUCCUUCUCCCCCACAACGCCGGCGCCCAACUCAGCGAGCAGGACCGACCGCUUGCUGCCGCCGUGAGUGACCUCCUGGAGGCCUCCUACGAUCUCGAGGCAUACCACACUUCCUCGACCAAGUCGGCUCCAAUUGCUCCAUUCGACAGGGAGACCUCUCCAUUCUUCCGCCUUGAUCACGUUCUUUCCUCCUCUACCAACACUGCAGCGUUGCGCUCUCAACCUCGCAGCCCCCAAGAAGCUCGCCGGACCGUCCACGAAGAGCUUACGUGGGCGCGAGUUCAGUCCCUCAUCGACAACGUCGUGCAGCUUGUGCGAGAAAGGACUGAGCGGGACCGGCAAAGCCAGCAGACUUUGGCAGUGUCGCCACCAGCUUACCGCCAGAGUGUGAACUCGCUUGCUUCAGACUGUCAGUCUCUGCAGUCUCUGCCCGCAUACACGGACCACGAGCACGACGAGAUGGUCGUUUCCGAGUCCAACGAUACGGGCGCCAAGUCCAAGACGUCUGACGAUGCCAAAAGUCGCCUAGCCGAGGACGGCAAGGACAUUUCGCCCAUGAUGCACGGGAUGAUGACGGGCAUUCUCAACGACCUUGACACGGUUACCCACGCCAUCGAACGGCUUCAAGCCAUUGCGCCACAGCUCCAAAACCAGCGGGUUGAACUGCGGGCGGGACCAAGCCGCCGGCGGCGGCUCGAUUCCACCUCACACCUGAGCCAACCCCAGAAUGAGCGUGAACGCAUGCUGGAGCUCGAGGACCUGUGGGACAAGAUGGACCGUGUCAAUUCGUCCCGCUCCAUCAUUCUGGACGGUCAGCGCAUCGAGAUGAGCGACCGUCAGAAAGAGAAGCAGCCGGCGCGCGAGAUCAACCUUGAUGACGACCUUUACAUGGACGACACGCCGGAGCGACGUGCCCUAGAGGCUGACAUGCUCAUUCGCAUUGUGGAGCAGUCUUCGAAUUCGCGUAUGGGUGACCAGGAGAGGCCAUUGCGGACAAUGGUAGAGCAGCGCCAAUCCUUCAUUGACGGUGUCAUUGAUCGUUCAGAGGCCAGCCGGCUGACGGGGCAAGACUGCCCGCUUUCGAUCAAAGCUCCCAAAGCAGGAGGAUCCAAGGGGCGCCAGUCGUUCGUAGACGACGUGGUCGACCGCUCAAAGGCGUCUCGCCUCACGGGGCAAGACUUUCCGAUUACCCUCGAGCAGAUGCUCGAUGGGAGGAGGAGCCGUCACAAACAUGUCUUUGACGACGAUGCGGCCAUUGACACGCGAUCGCGCAGUCCCCUCCGUGACAGCGAGUCCGACCGGGCUCGAUCUCUCAGCCCGAGUUCGUCGAGAAACGACUUUCUCAGCCGGGAACUACCUCCCGCUGCCAACGGAAGCGUCUCCAUGCCCAGCAGCCCGACUCUGAGUCAUGACGGCAGCUUCCACAGUCCAAAAUUGGCGGUGCGGAGCGUUGAGCCGUCUCCCCUGAAAGUGAGCGUUCCAACCAGCUCUCCACCCCCAAGGAGCUCGUCUCUGCGUCGACUCUCCAACUCGGGUGAAAGCCGCAGCCCCUUGCUGGGCAUGUUUGACGAGGUGAACCUGUCGUCUUCGUCCUCUGGCGGUGCUUCACAGAGGUCACUUCCCGUGACCCCUCUGUACGGUAUUAUGGAGGACACGACGCAGCCAGUGUCCAUUUUAAAGAGGUCACCUAAAUCGGCUACCGGCUCGCCGAGUUCACUUCCGAGGUCCUUGUCAUUCCAAGCCUCUGAGAAGGACCUGUACAGCGCUCUCUCAAAGGCGGCUGGAGCUGGCCGUAUGAGCAACCAAGAGUUUGUCCGUCCACCGCUGCCUCUUGUGACCACGACGUUUGACGAUGAGGCGGACAUGGUCGACUUCGCCACUCUUUUCACGAGUGAGCCCAUGCCCAGCCCACCCAUCAUCACGGAGACUGUCGCAGACGGCCUGUGGGCUUCCCGCAUGCAAAACAACGAGUCUGUGACCAGCUUGCGGCUCGGCGGCGGUGGAUCAGUCACGUCGCGAGCGUCUCGUGCGUCGCGUUCGCCCCGCACCCCGCGGACACCUGGCGGGUUUAUAUUCCCUGAGGACUUUCCUAUUCCGCCGGCUAAUUCCCGGCGGAACUCUAUUUCCUCGAUUAUGAGUUCCACGCGUUUCAAUCAAUCCAGUCCACAGCUUUCAACUUCCAACAGCUUCAAAAAGCUCGUACAGACUGUUCUUCCACCUACACUCCACCUUGGUCGCAAGAUUAGCAAGGCUAGCAUCAAACCCCUUCCCACUCCCCCGCCGCCACCCUCGUUUGAGAUUGAUGCGGCCAACCUCAGCUAUGUGACCGAGCACCAAGAGAAUCUGCGGGCCGUCCAGGUCCUGAUCCUGGGUCUGGACGCGACGUCGACCGUGGACCUGCAACUCGAGGUCAUGUCGCCCACCGAUGCCAUCCUCGUUAGCAAGGACGACCCCACGCUCCGCGUCUUGAUCUCUCUCCCCACUGCAGUCAAGAUGGGCCAGACUGUGUCUGUCGCCCCCAUCGCCGACUACUACGAGGCCAAGCUCGCUGCCAUCCCCACCGCGACCUCCACCCUGUCGCUCAACUCGUCGCUCACGCACGCGCUCUCGGCCCCCAGUCUGCGCGACAUUGCCCCGCGCAGCCUGUGCUGCACAGCGUGUGAUCGCGUUGUUGCGCAGUUCCCGAUCAACGUCCAGUACAAGGACCUGCCGUCGGAGCACUGGGCAGAGAUGCUCGAGGUGUGGAUGUGCCAUGCCGACCCGGCCUUUACGGCCCAGCUCGCCAAGCAUACCAAGGAUGGAUUCUGGCCUUCACAGGACACGGUCCUUGUCGGCGGCAGUUACCUGCUGGUUUCUGGCAGUCACAUUUGCGACCAGCACCUGGUCCCGGAAUUGUCCAAUGAACCCGACCAGUGGCGUAUCGUCACCUGCCCCUGUGGAGAAGUUCUCGGCAAAGUUCGUCCAGAGGACGGGCAGCCUGGUGCCGGAACCGUCCGCUUCUCCAAGUGGUCCAUCGCCUUGCUGCGCGGCACCGGUGCGGAUGACGUCGAGCCCGUCCGCUUCCCCGUCUCGACGUUUGUCGUGUCAGACAUGCUCGAGCUGGCACAGGCACACGCGUCCCACCGCUUCAUCAUUUGCGACGAGCAGACGGGCGACCGCCGCCUUGCCAUGUGGGUCUUCAACCCGUCCGUCAGCAUCGCGUACCAGCGCAACCCCAACUCGCCGCCUGCCCAGCUGCCGCCCCCACUCAGUCCGCUGGAGGGCGAGGGCGAGGGAGACGAGGCGUGUUCUCGCCACCCGCGUCCAUCCAUCUCCACCUCGCUCCCGGACACGUACUCGCUGCGCGCCUCCAAGAUCAUGUUCAAGGUCCUCGAGCCGUACUCUGCCGACGCCGAGUUUGAGCACCUGCCCGGCUUUGGCCCGCGCGGACAGGUCGAGCACCUGCGGUACUCGCGCGACGCGUGUGUCAGCCUCAUUGCCGUGCUGCGCGCCUCGUCGGCGCUGUACCCUGCCACGCGCAGGACGAUGGGCUCGUUUGACGUUGGGUUCCUCGAGCGCACGUAG